CGUCAAAACACUGUUUUCCUCUGUACUGUCUCUACUGUGCUGCUUUUCUCUCGAUCUGGUCUUGCAGAAUGUCCGGGUUGAUGCGAUUAAGUAGCAACGCGCUGUUAGUGCGAAGUCUGAUCCAACAUUCGGCACGCAGUGCACGUUUGAUUUCAUCGUCGCAGAAAAAUCGCGAUGCAGCCGCCGUCGACGUAACGAGCAAGAAAGCAGCCGCAAAACCAGCUGAACCAGCCGCUACUGCCGUAAAAAAGAACUGGGUAAGCUACGGGUUUGACUACAAGGACGAGGCAAACGAUCGGAGCGCAACGAACGCAUCGUUCUUUUUCUCCGUUACCCUUUGCUUGGUGCUAGGAAGUUUCUACUGGGCCUAUCUACCAGAUCCUCAGCUACGCGAUUGGGCCCAGCGGGAAGGCUAUCUGGAGCUGAGGCGCCGCGAAGCAGCUGGUCUGGAACCGAUCAGUAAGGAUUUCAUCGAUCCUUCUAAGAUCGUGCUGCCGACAGACGAAGAACUAGGCACUACGGAAAUCGUUAUUUAAAGCUUAAUUUCCUGCCUCGGAGUUAUGUAACAUUGAAAUGGUAAAUACAGUUUGUGUAAAAUA